GACAUUUUGGACAUUUUUUUUUUAAUCGCGGAAACAGCUUAAUUGACUACUCCAGCAAUCGACAUGUACCGCUGUAUAUUCUGUAUAUUCUGUAUAUAAUAAUGGCAUGCUGGGGUUUUCGUCACAGUGUGCAUGUUGUCUCUCCUAUGCUGCUCCUGUACAAACUACUAACCUUAUAGUUGAGCUUUUUGUACUGCUGUAAUGUUAAAGCCCUGGGCAUGUUCCCAGAGCUAUUUAAAUAAUGGCUAUUUUCUCAAUGUCAAAUAUACUGCGACGAAGGGUUAAAACUCCCUUCUUGUUUCCUUUUGUAACGGCGCUACAAGUCUCUUAGUUUAAAACGUAUUUGCAGUAGUACGAGCUCAUACAGCACCUUUAAGGGACUCAAAAACGCUAUUGCAGUUUAAUUGCAGCAUGCCAAUCAAAUUGUGCAUUCCCCGCCUCCUGGUAUUUAAACCCCGCCUCCUGUGCGGUCACUCUAUUUCGAAACGUCGAUGACGGAGAAGGAGGGCGAGCGGUGAUUGGUCCAUCGAAGAGCCCGCAGCCUCCCAUUGUUAAAGUUUCCGUUUGGCAGACUGACUGACUUGGCUUUGUCAAAAGAAGGGCCGCAAAGAAGGUAAACUUUGCGUCUGAUUUUCGAAGCUAUGGUUUGAAACGUACGUACAGACAGACGGACACAAGGAUACAGAGGGACUGUACCUACGAUGGAGGGCACAGUUCAGAAACAAGGGAAGAGCCGGGGAGAGGAUGGCGUCGCAAUGGCUAUUGACUUCCUGCUGGCGAAUGCCAGGCUGGUGCUUGGGGUAGGGGGAGCUGCUGUGCUGGGGAUCGCUACACUGGCAGUGAAACGACUGAUUGACAGAGCCGCCCGCCCCCCAGGUGAAGAUGAGAAACCAGAUCAGAAGAGCAUUAGCGAGACCUGGGAGGAGCUGAGCUUGACUGGUGCUUCCCCUAAACUGCUGAAGAGGGGGCUUGAAAACUCUGCGAAGAAAAGCUUACCAGCUGUAAUCAAAAUAGAAAAAGAGGACUGCAGUCCUUCCAGUACGGCUGAGGUGCCAAGGCUAGAGAUCCGCCGGGUUCCGCUGUGUGUCACUCUUCAGGAGAAGCUCCUGCACUAUUACCAGAGUCAUGUGACGCUCUCCGAGUCGGACGUGGCCCAGGCCAAGCAGAAAGCCCUGGACGUCUGCAUGGAGAUCCAAGCUUUCCUCCGCAGCAAGCAGCCCGAGAUGCCGCUGGGGGAGAUGUGUCUGGGCGGCUCGCUGUUUGACGGCCUUCAGGUUGUCUCCGCUGAUCACGCUUGUCUCCUGGUGCCUUUGCUGAUUGAGGAAAAGUUCUGGUACUUUGUUCCAGGGGAGGAGACCAUCCUCAAUACCCCGCAGUUCUGGAUGGUCAGACGGACAAACCUGGAGUACUUUGGUCGGGGGAGCAGCUACUGGGAUAAAUUCAUUGUGGGGGGCUACCUGUCUUCCAACGCGGUCAAUGAGUCUUUGCACAAACUAGUAAUGGGGUCCAUGAACUGGCCAGCCCUAGGCAGCAUGUUGGACUGCACCAUCAGGCAAGUGAUGGGGUCCCAGGAACUGAAGCUAGAAAUCCAACAGGAACAAAGCCAGCUUUUCAUUGAUAUCUUGCCAAUAAUAAGGUUUGAGGAGACGGUGCUGACAUCCCAGCCAGAGAGCAAAGGAAACUUUGAGAACCUGUGGUGCCGGAGCUUUUACACGGAUGAAGCCACCAAGCUCGGGGACCUGGAUGCAUCUGAUUCCGGUCUCCGACUAUGUUGCCUGAAAAUCCUCAAAGCGGUCUGCAAAGACCAGCCGUCCCUGAGAAGAGUGACCGGCGGGCAUCUGGUCAACGUCAUCCUGCAUCUCAGCGACACGGAGUCGGACUGGAGUGAAGCAGCCCUGGCUGACCGGUUCCUGCAAGUUAUCACGGAGGUGACUGGCUACCUGGAGCAGGGGUUCCUGCCCAGCUACUUCAACAGUGCUGUGAACCUGCUGUCUGAACUGUCUGCAGAAGAGAUUGAUGAGAUCGGGUAUACUUUGUAUUGCGCUUUUUCUAACCCGGAUAUGCUGCUUCAAAGAGGAGUAUAAAGUGAUGAUUCAAAAGCACCUAUUGACAAAGUUUUCAUGCCGGGGGCCCUGUUGAUUUAAUUCUACUUAGCGGCUCUGGCAUUGGCACUUUAGUUGCUGUGUGAGACCCUUUUUCAAGUGUGCGAUUCAGGAUACAGUGUAUUAUUUGGAGAUUCUUUUUUUUUUUUGGUGAGGGAGUUAUUUAGACAGUUGGAUGGUAUGUAUGUGUGUGCAACGCUUUUCUAAUGAACAUGGCGAGCUGCUUUAUAAAUCGAAACUAGCAAGUUAAUUCAAUGCUUUUUUUUUUUUUUUUUUUUAAAAAGUGAACUGUUCUGAUGCUCUAGUGUCUGUCAACUCAUUUUAAAUGGCUUGAAUGAAUUUUAUAAAGAUAGACCUGAAAAGCAAAAUCUGUCUGAUUUUGUAUUGGCUAUCUGUAUUGUAAUUGUACUUAAUGUACCUUUUGCAUUUGUUGGUUACAGGUCAGUGGCAAAACAAGUACAGGGUACCAUAGAUUUGCUCUCAAGUUGAACAAAAAGCUUUUUCAGUAUAACUGGUUUUCAUGCAUUGAGGAGUUGCUGUGCAUUGCACAGGCAGGUGGUCAUUUGGGGAUUCUGGCCAAAGAGAAUUGCAUGUAAAUAUGGUUCGUCAGUUAAUGAGAAAUCCUCCUGCAUGGAAACUACUUGGCUGUCAAUAGUUCUGUAGAAGGGCUGAACUGAGAAAUAGGCAUUGUUUAGUAUUAUAAAAUGUAUUUUUGUCUUAAUUUAAAUGUUAACUCAUACUAAGUGUUUCAUACUAAAAUAUAUUCUCGUAAUUUUUAUUUGAUUUUUGUUAAAUCUUUCACCACUUAGUGCACUUAUAACCUAAGUGUUUUCUAUGCAGCUGGUAGUUUGACACACUGCUGGAUUGGUUACUAAUAUGAGCUUGUCCUUGUUGGAGCAGAGUUCAAUAGUUUUAAAAUGAUGUAUUCAAUAAAGCUUUACUUGGUUUAAAAACUAA